UGUUUAACUCGCAGCCCAUGGGGACUGUUUGCGUACUCCCUGUUGUGCAUUUUAGGGGGGAGGGCGUCCCAAUUUUUAGAGCAGAUGAGAUCCAACCCAUGGGACAGAGGAAUUCUGUGGGACGCUGGAUGGAAGCAAAGAAGCAAAUCUACUGUAAACGAGAACGAGAGGAGUUAAGGCGGGGCGACUGGACGGAGCCUCACGUGAGCUCGCCUGGAGGUACCAGAGGCAUACAAGGUGACCCAGGGGCAGCAUCAGCGGCGUGUGGUUUUAAUCGGAGUUCCUGCUAAGCAGACCACGGGAGGAGCAAACGGGCUCGGCCAUGCCUGCGAUGGGGAUGGAGCUCCUGGGCUUUGUCCUGGGCGUCCUGGGCAUGCUGGGUACACUGGUGGUCACGCUACUGCCCCACUGGAAGACCUCGGCCUUCACCGUCAACAGCAUCGUGACGGCGGUGGAGCAGAAGAAGGGCCUGUGGAUGGAGUGCGUCUUCCAGAGCACCGGCUCCUUCCAAUGCGACCCCUACGACUCCAUCCUGGCACUGCCCGCCGACCUGCAGACAGCCCGCGCCAUGAUGGUCACCUCCAACGUGCUGUCCCUCCUCGGCUGUGCCGCCGCCAACCUGGGUAUGCAGUGCACCGUCUGCUUGGACGGCUCCUCCGGCAAGGCCAAGGUGGCUGGAGCGGCGGGCUGCUGUUUCCUCCUGGCCGGCUUCCUGUGCCUCAUUCCCGUCUCCUGGGUCACCAACGAGGUGGUGCAGACCUUCUACCAGCCCGGUUUGUCUUCAGUGUACAAGGACGAGCUGGGCGAGUGCCUCUUUGUGGGCCUGGCGGCCUCCAUUGUGUCCCUGCUGGCUGGCGUCGUGCUUUGCCUCUCCUGCUGCGACGCCUCCGGCAGCGGAGGGGCUACCAGGGCCGGCAGCGGCUACCCCUACCACGCACGGGCCCCCAGGAGGGCCCCUCACAGCAUGACCUUCCACGCCCCAUCCCUGCUAAAGCAGCAAGCUCGCUCCCCAGACAGUUCCAGCUCCAGCGGUACAGGGCGCGCCCCAAAGGGGAACCCCUACAACACGGUGGCUAGCUAUAAUGUCACCGGGUACGUCUGAAGUCGUCACCGUGUCCCAGCGCUGCGGCAUUUACCUCCCAGCGCUCCUCAGCUCGUGCCGAUACUCUUAAAUAAUCCAAAAGUGGCAUAAAGAGCAAACUAUAACAGUGCAUUUUUAUUAUUAGAUAUCCUUUUAUGUUUUAUCACAUUUUAUUGCUUAUUAGAACUUAUUACAAUUGUGCAUUAUUUUUUACGAAACAGUUUCUCCUUCUACGCAUGACUUUGUUACUGUCUAGGGGUUGGACCGCAAUAUAACGCGAAUGAAAUAUCUGUGAAAAUUACUGGCUAGAAUGAUUUGCCCUAUUUUUUUCCAGUUAGAAGUGCAAUGGUUCCCGAAAUGCCAGCCUGUGUUCCUGCUGCCAAAUGAGGCAAUAAAUUCAAAUUCGGUGCAAAAAAAAAAAA